UUUGCUCAUAAAACUAUUGGCAAUAUAUGGUACUAUAUAUAACCACAUUGUGAAUGCAGCUCAUGGUGAUUCUCUGAUCAUUGUGUAUGAGAAAAUGGCAGGAAGUGCGGAUCUAACAGGACCUAAUGUUGUGUCUAGAACUUCAGUCGACCGGAGCCAGGAGGCAGAUAAAAAAGGUAAUAAUCAUCACAGGCCUGGCAUUGAUGCAUUGCUUGUGAUACCCAAAAUACCAAAGCCAAUGCAACCGGUUUCUUCAGCAUCCGAAGGGGAGACAAUCAGGCGACCUCGUGGCAGGCCGGCAGGGUCUAAAAACAAGCCAAAGCCGCCUAUCAUUGUCACCCGCGACAGUGCUAAUGCGCUGCGUGCGCAUGCUAUGGAAGUGAGUUCAGGCUGUGAUGUGAGUGAGAGUUUAACCAACUUUGCAAGGAGGAAACAAAGAGGCAUUUGCAUACUGAGUGGAAGUGGUUGUGUAACCAAUGUCACACUGCGGCAACCAGCUUCCUCUGGAGCCAUUGUGACCCUCCACGGUCGUUUUGAGAUUCUCUCAUUGCUCGGAUCAAUCUUGCCUCCUCCAGCCCCUCCUGGGAUUACAGGUUUAACCAUAUACUUAGCUGGGGCUCAGGGGCAGGUUGUAGGUGGGGGUGUGGUUGGUGCACUCAUUGCCUCAGGGCCAGUUUUCAUCAUGGCUGCAUCAUUCAUGAAUGCUACGUUCGAUCGUCUUCCACUGGAUGAAGAUGAAGUAGCUGCAGCUUUGCAAAACCAGCAAUACCAAAAUGGUCGUCACCACCACCUGGAUAUGUCAGAUUUAUAUGGACUUCCUCCAAAUCUGCUCACUAAUGGUAAUGUGCCCCCUGAGGUAUACUCUUGGGCAUCAGGACGAACUAUGUCAAAGACAUGAAACAUGAUUGGAGCACCAUGUCACC